GAGGUUGUUGCGGUUGAGGUUGUUAAGGAUGUUGAAGAUGAGGAUGUUGAGGAUGAGGAUGAGGUUGAGGUUGAGGUUGUUGAGGAUGUUGAGGAUGAGGAUGUUGAGGAUGAGGAUGUUGAGGAUGAGGAUGAGGUUGUUGAGGUUGAGGUUGUUAAGGAUGUUGAAGAUGAGGAUGUUGAGGAUGAGGUUGAGGUUGAGGUUGUUGAGGAUGUUGAGGGUGAGGAUGUUGAGGAUGAGGAUGUUGAGGAUGAGGAUGUUAGUAUGAGGAUGAGGUUGUUGAGGUUGAGGUUGUUAAGGAUGUUGAAGAUGAGGAUGUUGAGGAUGAGGAUGAGGUUGAGGUUGAGGUUGUUGAGGAUGUUGAGGAUGAGGAUGUUGAGGGUGAGGAUGUUGAGGAUGAGGAUGUUGAGGAUGAGGAUGUUAGUAUGAGGAUGAGGUUGUUGAGGUUGAGGUUGUUAAGGAUGUUGAGGAUGAGGAUGUUGAGGAUGAGGAUGAGGUUGAGGUUGAGGUUGUUGAGGAUGUUGAGGAUGAGGAUGUUGAGUAUGAGGAUGAGGUUGUUGAGGUUGAGGUUGUUAAGGAUGUUGAAGAUGAGGAUGUUGAGGAUGAGGAUGAGGUUGAGGUUGUUGAGGAUGAGGAUGUUGAGGAUGAGGAUGUUGAGGAUGAGGUUGUUGAGGUUGUUAAGGAUGUUGAAGAUGAGGAUGAGGUUGUUGAGGUUGUUAAGGAUGUUGAAGAUGAGGAUGUUGAGGAUGAGGUUGAGGUUGAGGCUGUUGAGGUUGAGGUUGAGGUUGUUGAGGAUGUUGAGGAUGAGGAUGUUGAGGAUGAGGAUGUUGAGGAUGAGGAUAAGGUUGUUGAGGUUGAGGUUGUUAAGGAUGUUGAAGAUGAGGAUGUUGAGGAUGGGGAUGAGGUUGAGGAUGAGGUUGAGGUUGUUGAGGCUGAGGUUGACGCUGAGGUUGAGGACGAGGAGGUUGAGUUUGAGGAUGAGGUUCAGGUUCAGGUUCCGGUUCAGGUUUGUUUAUGUUUAUUUAUACCCCAAUUUUUCUCUCCGCAAGGAAACUCAAAGAGAGUAGGAUGCUCAAAACCUUCCUCUUGUCUCUACCUUUCCUGCCUUGCAGGUGCCAGGUAGAACUGGAAAAGCUCCAGUCCGGCUCCCACUUGGUGAUGCUGCCUCCCCGCUGGGGUUCCCCGACACCCUGGGCCAAAGGUGGAGCUGAGGCCAAAGCAGAGCUGGGCAAGGGCCUUGGGUCUGGAACAGAGAAGGCUCAGGCUGGCAGUGCCCCACUUGGGGGUCUCUGUGGGCAAGAGGCCUCUUCGAGUGUGACGGAAAACGGCAAAGACGGACAGCCCACAUCUUCAGGAGAGAAGCUGGUGACAACUAACCAAGAGUUGAGUUCCACUCUCGCCCAAGCCGAGGCCCGUUUGCAGGAGAAGGAAAAGGAGUUGUGGUCCUUGCAAGGGCAGCUGGAGCUCACCAAGGCGGAGCUGGACCAGUGGAAGAAGCAACACGGCAACCAGGCAGAGGCCAGUGCAUUGGGAUGUCGAGGAAGACGGAUGUCGGAGGACGUGGGGCACCAACGGCGAAGCAGGGAAGCACAGAAACAGGGCCUUGUGGGGAGAGAGUUGGCCCCGUCCAGUGGCAGCCGUUACCGAAGCACCAGCUUCUCCCGCUUGGAGCAGUCAGCCGAGAAAGCAGGGACGCCCUUGAAACACAAAGGAUCUCCGAAGGGCCAGGAGGACGUGCAGACCCUCAAGGCGGAGGUCUUGGUCCUCCGCCGGCGCUUGGACGCCUCCGAGAGCCAACGCAAGACCCUCCUUGAGACCUGUUGGCAGCAAGAGAAGACCCGGAGCUCCAUCCCGGAGAGGCAGGCACCACUAUUGGGGCUGAGAGCCCUGUCGUGGCAGAAGAAGAAGGAGGACCAAGGAGACCAGGUCUUGGAUGGAAGACAUCACGUGGAGAAGAGGAACGGAGAAGGCGAGAAGGAUGAGAAGAAAGAGGAGGACUCCGAGAAGGAGAAAGAAGAGGUAGAUGUUCCAAAGGAGGUCCAAGAAGAAAAGGACCUCUCCAAGGAGGACGUCAACGUGGAAGCCUUGCAAGAGGAACUCCGGACCUUGGUUGCCGGCAAAGCCGAAGCAGAAGCCCAAGCCAAGCUGGUCCAGGAGAAGCUCCAAAAUCUACAGACCACGUUGGGGAAGCAGACGGAGAGGUUGGCACAAGCCAUGGAGACCCAAAGGCACCAUGUCCAGGAGCUUCUGGCCGACGCCGAAGAGAAGGACCGCCUCAUAAAAGACCUCCGCAAAGAGCUAGAAGACACCAAGAAAGCCUUGGAUGUGGCCAACGUGGAGGGACAGAGACUACGUAUGUUGAUGGAGCACAGCGAGGAGGAACCCCAUAGAGAUGCCUCCAAACAAGACGUGGAAGUGGGCACGGAAGAGGUCCCACAGUCUCCGGUACAAGAAAAUCCUCCAGAUGCAAAACUGACACAACUGGAGGCUUCUCUCGCUCAACUUGUGCAGGAAAACCAGGCUCUGCGGGACGAACUGGCCUGCUGGAAAGGAGGCGAGGGUGGCAGAUCCGAGGGUGAGGAAAAGUGGGGUGCCGUCCUAGAGUCCUUGUCCCAGGUGAACCAGAGAGAUGCCCAGACCCAGACCGAGGUGCCCGAGGCCGGCCAGCGGAGGCGGGAGCGGGUCUCGGUGGCCUUCGACGACACCCAGUACGAACCCUAUGGCCUUCCUGAAGUAGUCAUGAAGGGAUUUGCCGACAUCCCAUCCGGCCCUUCCUGCCCGUACGUCCUCCGCCGGGGCAUUUUGGGGAGCGCCCCUGUGGCUCGGAUGGCACCCAGAGCAGAGCCCGAAGAGGAUUCCCUGGAAGCGGACGAAGGGACGGGCGUCUGAGAAGGCAAGGCCGCAACUCACUUCCCCUGCAAUGGCGUUGGAUCUGUGCUGCAUUGUGGCAGCAGGACCUGGGAUGUUUUGGUUUGUGCCGACAAUGUGUUUUGCACCAAUUGCUGGGAAAACUAGCAGCUUGCAGGUGGGAAGCAUCCCUUGGAAGCGGGAUGAAGGAUCUUCCCAUCCGGACCUUGCCGCCCCUUGCUCACCAUUGGAGGACAAUCGCAUUUCAUCGUGACCAUUGCGGAUUGGUAGCCAAUCCUGGACCUGUAGUUCUGGGAUGCUUUUCGUUCCAAGCCAAUGACUAAGAGGGAUGAACAUAUGGCUUGGGGUGGUGGUCCCUCCUCCACACAUAAUAAACAACAAAAGGACCGAG